AGCAGCAACUGGUCCGCUCGCCUCGCCGGUGCUGCUGCUGCUGCAACACCUACAACAGACUGAGGACAACCGGCUGACCAACCCAAAAGUCUGGUGGAAUAACGCUGCAUUGAGCUGCCUUCACACAUUUGUAAAGGCUUUACUGUAUACUUUGAGAGAAGAGCUUCCUCGCCAAUGGCAAGUCCGGUUGCAGACAUAGGACAGUCUCAUCAGCAUCCCCCUGUCAGCGAGGCGGCCGCAGACUCCGCGUUUCAGGAGGCGCAGACAUGGAUAGAGGCUGUGACAGGAAGAUGUUUUGGUGACAAGGACUUCAGAGGCGGUUUGGAGAAUGGGAUACUGCUGUGCGAGUUGCUGAGCUCCAUUAAACCUGGCCUGGUAAAGAAAAUUAACAGACUUCCAACACCCAUAGCUGGCCUGGACAACCUGAGCGGGUUUCUUCGAGGCUGUGAGGAGUUGGGACUAAAAGGCUCCCAGCUGUUUGACCCUGGAGACCUGCAGGACACGUCAACACGCCCCACUGCCAAGGGAAGUGACUGCAGCCGAAAACUCAAGAAUGUUCUGAUCACCAUCUACUGGUUGGGUCGUGCUGCCAACGGCUGUACCUCCUACAACGGUCCCACGCUGGACCUGAAAGAGUUUGACGGCCUGCUGUCACAGAUGCGAAAGGAGGCGGAGGAGGCAGAGAGCCCGAUACGCAGCAUCCGGGACAGCGGCUACAUCGACUGCUGGGACUCUGAGCGCAGCGACUCCCUCUCCCCGCCCCGCCACGGCCGCGAGGACUCCUUCGACAGUCUGGACUCCUUCGGCUCACGCUCACGACAGACCCCGUCGCCGGAUGUCCUGGUCCCCCGCGGCAGCAGCGAUGGCCGCGGCAGCGACUCAGAGUCCGACGGCCCCCCCCACAGGAAGAUGCCAGACGUGCGUAAGGACGACAUGUCGACACGGCGGACGUCCAUCAGCGAGCCGCGCACCGCCAUGCCCUUCAACCAGUACCUGCCCAACAAGAGCAACCAGAGCGGAUACGUGCCAACGCCCCUCCGCAAGAAAAAGAGCGACAAAGAGGACGGGGCGCGCAAGAGCUGGAGUACUGCGACCUCACCUGUAGGGGGAGACAGACCGUUCAGUACUCCAGCUCGCUCGUGCUCUGAGGAAUUCUUCCAACAUUCGACGACUCCGGCGGCUAAAUCUGCCGCAGUGAGCCCCGUCGCCUCGGGGAAACAUCCACCUGUGAGCGAGCCGGAGGAAGCGGCUGUGAGGAAGGGAGCUGCUGGUGUCCCGUUGGCCGCAGAUGCAGAGAAACAGGUCGGCCAAACGCUGACCUCUCCCAACACCACGAAUCCCCCGCACUUCCUUCCUGUGCCCGCUGCCGUGGCAACAACCGAUACAGGCCGGCGGAAGGGACGGGCGCUGAGCGAAAGUGGCGACCCAAAAGAAGGAAGCGCUUUGUCGGAGAGCGGUCUUCCUGCAACAUUCAGCCGCACACACAGUGUGUCAGAUGACCCACAGAGUGUGAGUAUGAUCGACAUGCGAGAUGAGGAGGAGGCCAUGUUGCAGCCCCACAGUCAGGUGCGUCAUGAACUGAUGCUUAACCAGUACAACGAGAUGAAGGAAGAAGACGACCACUGGCAGGAUGACCUGGCCCGAUGGAAAAAUCGGAGGAGGAGUAUCUCCCAGGACCUGAUCAAGAAGGAGGAGGAACGGAAGAUGAUGGAGCAGUUGAUGUCAGGAGAAAUCUGUACCUCCCAUAGGAGGAAAAGCAUCAAGACAUACAGAGAGAUAGUGCAGGACAAGGAGCGUCGUGAGCUUGAGCUGCGGGAAGCGUACAGGAGAGCCAGAACUCCAGAGGAGGCGUCGGCCAUCCUCCAACAUUACGCCCAGCGCUUCUCCAUCAGUGAAUCCGUCAUGGAGCGCCUACAGUUGCCAAAUAUCCUGGACCGCAGUAUAUCUGCUGAUCCCUCUUUACCCAUCUCAUCCUUCCCUAUCUCCCUCUCCCCGAUGACCCCUGACCCCUUUGACGUUGACCCCCACGGGCCCCUGAGGUAUCUUCGACAGCAGUCGGCCCCGGCUCCUAAGUUCACGUCUACACUGGAGGCGCGGGUGGAGGAGUUUCCCAAGGAGCCCUCUCACCAGCGGCCUCAGAUCCGCUCCCGCUCGUCUGAGCCGCCGUCCAACAGAACCCUGUCGCCCAAACCGGUGCCUUUGCUGAUGCCCAAGCCUUACUUCCAGCCCCGACCCUCAGCGGGGGAACCAUGGCCCAGCAAGGCUAAUGCUUUGCUCCGGGUUAACGGCGACGUAGGAAGUGAUGACGUUUUCACCACUCCUGAGAGGCAAGGAAGGGAAUCUCCUCCUCAGUUCCAGGCGUCUCCCUCCAUAACGAGCAGCAGCACUGUAGAUGUUCCCUCGUCAGCAGCCGCACAAACACACACCUCAACCAGAGGAGGAAGCCCAGUGGCGACGAAAGCCAGGGAGGAACAAAGUGGCACAGAACCGGCUUCUAAGGAUGCACAAGAACAGAAAGUCAUUGAGAAUUUGACACAGCCAAGCCGGCCCACAUCACUCCCAUCGGAGCUGCAGAAGCCAGAAGAAAGCUUUGAGAAGACAGGAAGUCAGGCUGCUGCAGAGGAGGAGAAGUCAAAUGCUGCAGCUCAACAAGCGCCUCCUACAGAAGCCAAACAAGAACAACACACUGAACCAUCUGGCCAAAACGUCUCCAACCUCGUCCCGUCAGGAGUCGGCACAAAGCAUAGUCAGCCAAUUAUUUUACAGACAAUUGUGCCAAGUUCCCUGGAGGCGUCACAGAGAAGGGGAAACGUACCGAGCCUAGCUGCACCCGAGUCAUUUGAAUAUCACCCGCCGAGGGAAACUGCAGCAGAAGACAUGGAGAAGGAACUGCGUGGAAAUGUGUCAGUCCCGGGGUUGCCCCAGGCCAGGCGGGGGGACCGCUUGUCUUGGGACCCGGAUGAGGAGCGAAAGCGUCAGGAAAGGUGGCAGCAAGAGCAGGAGCGCAUGCUGCAGGAAAAGUACCGGCGUGAGCAGGAGAAGCUGAAGGAGGAGUGGGAGAAAGCCCAGAGGGAGGUGGCAGAGGAGGGGAGGAAGUACCACGAGGAGGAGCGUAGGAUACUGGAGGAGACGGUGGCGCCUCUGACUCCCCGCUCCUCCACCCUGACCUCCCCGACCCGAGGGGAGAUCUCCUCCAGCUCCGAGCCUCAGGACACCAUCGUGCGCUCGCUGGCCGACUGGGAGCGCAAACAGGAACUGCUGGAGAGCCAGUUGAAGGGGAGCACAGAAAGUGUUGAAUGGAAACGGAGGGAAAACGACAGAACCAGUGACAUCAGCACUGCUGACGACAGCAUGAAAACAGCCAGGAGCUUGUUGAGUCAGAGCAGCAGUCAGGCAGACGCCCUCGGUCACAGUCUGCAGAACGGCCAAAAACUUCCUGCGAUGACGAACAAAACCUCGACUCCAGUGAACAAACCAGAAGAGACUCCAGCGGACAGCAACAAGCUCAGCAAGGCUGCAGGAGACAGGAGGAGUGCUCCCAUUGAAAAUAACAUGUGCCGCAGCUCAUCAAAACCCCCCGCAGCAUGCUCCCCACCUCCAGACACUCUGCCUCCAGCGCCCAACAGCAGGUCUAUCAGUGGAAAGAAGCUGUGCUCCAGCUGUGGGCAGGCGUUAGGGAAGGGGGCGGCCAUGAUCAUAGAGACCCUCAGUCUGUACUUCCACAUCCAAUGCUUUAAGUGCGGGGUGUGUAAGGGAAUGUUAGGAGACACGACCACGGGGACGGACGUCCGGAUCAGAAACGGCCUCCUCAACUGCCACCAGUGCUACACCCGCUCCCGCUCGGCCGGACAGCCAACCACGUUGUGACGCUCAACAGAAAAACACACUCGGUUCACGGAAGAAACCCCAUCUCUGUUUCAAAACCAAUUCUCUGCAAAGUCAUGUCCUUCACAGCGUGUCGGGAUUCUCUGCAGCUCCAUUACCAAUGAACACUCAUCGUGGGGGCGGGAGGGGGCAAACGGGGGACAGUCUUAACGUCUGAAAAAUAUAUAUAUAUCUUCUUCGUGUUUAUGUCAUCUGAUAUGCGAGAGGAUUUGAUUGGUCCACGCACCACCACCUGUUUCAUCAUGCAGCGAGAGAGACUGCUCUGGGGCGGCGGCCAUGUUGGAAAGCAAACACAAUAAGAUGCUUCGAACACAGCUAGAUUAUAAAGUGAACGUCUACGCUGUCAGUGAACACGCAAUAAGAAAAAUAUGGUGUUCAAGUCUUUUACUACCAAUCAUAAUCAUUUUUCCGAGUUGGAAAACACAUUCAAUUCCAUAUGAUGGAAAUGCAGUAUAUCGCAUAUUACUCAUUAUUAUUUAGGAAUUCAUAAUUUGGAUAAAGACUCCCUUAAUUGAUAAGAAAACUGAAUAUGUGAUCAGGCAGCUUAGGAUGGAUUUAUUUCUUUAUAACCAGACUGGAUCUGAAAAAUAUCACACAUUUUGUGCCCUUUUUAUUUUUUUUCCUUUCGCAACUAAACAAGACAUAACGGGGGGGGGGGGGGGGAUACACAAGACAUUACACAGGAGAUGUCAUAUUGACAGGGUCAGAUAGGAGUGCUGCGGACAGUGAACCGUAAUCCUCCUGUCUCGCCUCAAAACCCCCCAGCAGAGAAGAUGCACGCUCCAUAUGCAGCAGGUCCAGCCAAUUUAGCAGGACGAGUCUUUCUGUGGCUAAACAGCCCAAUGUCCAGAGCCGAUCGGCAGUCCUUACAACAUUGCCAUCUGGCUUGAGACCCAGUAGACAUGCAAUGGGACAUUUAGGGAAAUUAACAUUUAAAGAUUCAGACAUUAAGGAUAUUACUUCUGACCAAAGUUUGUGCCCUUUUUCAAACGAGUACUUGAUUCAAAUAGAAGUCACAUACAGAAACAUGUAGACAGUGCAGUAACGGUCACUCUAAACACAUGUAUAUUGUCAGUAAGUCACCGUGUUUUGACCCUCACAUUGUCUCUGUUCUGUUCCCCUGAAUACAAUUAGCUUCUGAUAUAUAAACGCAUAUUAUGGACGUAUAGUUGCAUCUUUAGGGCAACAACUGACUCGCUGUGCUUUUGGGUCAUAGCAGGUUGCUCCUCUGAAAGUCAGGACUUUAAUGUGCCUUAGGAAAGCAAGGUGAUGCAGGAGGGAAACACCAGCUGUAUGGUGUUUCAUUUCUCCUUAUUUUUUAUUUCUUUUGGGGUGUAGGGAGGGGUUAUGGCCAAAUGUGAACCCUUAGACUGCAGCCCUCCCUCACAUCUGCUUUACUUCAGUUCAAGUACUGCUUAUUUUACAUUAAAAACAACCGUAAUUUCAUAUUCCCCCCCCCCCCCUCUGUGAUUCCUCAGUGAUCUGCAGUGCAAAGGAAUACAUGUGUUGUCUAUUUGGAAAUAUAUAUACUGCAGGAGAGACCUUUGAUUUUGAAUGUUGUUUUAUUCUAGAGAGAUAUAGACUUCUGUAUGAUAUUGAGGUAAUUUUGACAUUUGCUCAGUGGUAGAAUUCAUUUAAUACAAUUGCAGAAACACAAAAAUCAGCAGUACAUGUUGCAUCUUUAGAGGUAAUAUGAACACAAACCAGCACCUGUGCAAUAUUUGGUGAUGAAAACUAAAGAUCUGUGCUGCCGGCUGGACAUUUUAAGUCAAUUGCUUUUUUCUUUUUUGGACUUGUAUGAGAAGAGCUCGGUUAAAUAUUAUGGAUGUAAAAAUAAAUGCACGUUUUAAGCCUAAAACCAAAUGAUUUGCUGUAUGAAAGCAAACUGAAGUGCGUCCUAUAGCCUCGCUUCUCCUCCGGGUUCCUCUCUCUGAUCUGCAGUAUUUUAAGCUUCUGUUCCGGUUUGUAUUUUAUUUUUUAUUCUCAUUUAGUUAAUGGAAACAUCUGAGUCUCUUAUAGCGGGAUCUUUGAGACGGAGCUCAUUCAGACAGGAUAGUCUGGGAACGAAAACCUUCACGUCUGUUCUGUAUUUAUUGUAAUAUUCACCUGAACACUAUCUGAAAUAUAGAUCCAUUUGAUGUUUAAAUGCAAUGGCAUUUAUAGCAUACUGUAUGUUUAUAAAUAAAAUGUUAUAAAUUAAAA